AUGCCUCCAACCGUGGAACCUAACAUCGCAGCCAUCGAUGGUGGCGGCGUGCGGGGGUUGGUCGCUUUGGUGCUUCUGAAGCGAUUGCAAGCUGCCCUUGACACUGGUCAUCACAUCCGAGAGUACUUCGAUUACUUUAUUGGAACUAGUGCGGGAGGACUCAUCGUGUUGGAUCACGUAGUCUGCCAAUCUUCUCUUGAUUCGAGCAUUAAGCGUUUCGAAGCCUUAUCAAAUCGGAUCUUUCCCAAAAGAGCGUAUGGUUUCAUGCCCAUAUUUCAAAGACUCAUUCACUGGCUGGUUUGGUGGGUUAGUGAUAACAAGUAUGAUUCUGGGACUCUGGAAGAUGUGGUCCAGGAGGCAUUCGGUGUUCGCCAACGCUUAUUUGAUUUUGCAAGUCAACAUCAAUCAGGCAUCAAGGUUGCGGUAACGGCGAGCACUGUGUCAAGCUCCCAGCUUCGGCUUUUUACGAAUUACAAUGGAGUGGCGCGAGAUAGACAGGGAAAAGGUUACGCUAUUUUGCGGCCCCCGGAUCCUUCUGGAGAACCUCACUUGUGGGAGAUCGCACGAUGUGCAGCUGCUGCACCGAGCUAUUUUCGUCCCAAGGUAAUCAAGCAUUUUGGGGCAUUGCAGGAUGGUGGAAUUACAGACAACAACCCGACCGAGAAAGCCUUAUGGGAACUCGGUUGUAUCUGGCCUGACCCCUUGGAUCAUGACUCAGAACUGUACCGUGGAAUAUGGCUUGAUGGGUUUGUCCCCCGAAUUCUACGGGCAUUUUUAUCCUCGCCAUCUUUGGACGCCGAUAACAGCUGGGCGGCUCUUUCAAAUCGUCUCCACGACGAUGUAAGAGAACGGUUCCACCGUCUCACCCUUGAAUUCGCCGACGAGUUGCCGGAGUUGGAUGAUACAUCCCAGAUCCCUCGACUGAUACAAAUAGCUACUCACAGCCCUCUUGACUUGGAUGAAGAGAAGCGGAAAUUAUGGGCUUCCCGGUUCUUCUUCGAGCUACACUCAAAGCCCGAACGUGUGUGCGACUACUAUAAGAUGUGGGUAUUUCAGAAGGGAAGUGGUGUUCGAAGUCCCGCAGCUGGGCCACCCGGUAGCCAUGACUUUGGAGCUUGGACACGACAAGCGUAA